GAAUGUCAUGGUCACAUGAUAAGAAGAUGGUGGACAAUAACAAACACACGUGUUUAAAUUGCAAUUACUUUUUUCACAUCUAUUGAAAGAAAAAAGGUUCAUUGAAACCUGAUAUUUAUAUAUUGAUCCAAAGACACUGUACAUAAUUUAUUGCGUCAAUACGUCAUCGUUAUGACGUUUCAUUUACUGUGUAGUCGUAAUAUUAUACAUGCAAUAGAAUAUCGAUGUAAACACAAUCAUGUCGAGUGUGAAUUAUCUGCUCAAAACGAUAUGGAUUUAUAAUUUGAUGACCACCACGUGCCUUAUCCCAUAUUAAGCCAGACGUAUUUCUCAGCUGUGAGUAGAGCCAAGCAGAAAGGAUGCCAGAGUGCGCUGUGUGUGGGGAGGAAGAAUUUGAAGAAGUAGAUGGCCAUUACUUCUGCACCAUGUGCAACACCCAGUCACAGGAAAUGAGGGUGGUUGCAGCAGAUGACGAAAAUAUUACUGCAUCAACAAAGAAGAUUUACACAAAGAAAUCCAGAGGAGAAGAGGUCAAGGAGAAACAGCGCAACCAUGACAUGGGCAGACCCUGGUCAAUGUAUGAAGCCUAUACAAUUAUCCUGCAACAUCAGGUGGAGGCUUUUAUCAAACUAGGAGCACAACAGCGACUCAAGGAUGUUGUGUUCAAGAUCUGGGCAAAUUACCUGCACAAACUCGACCUUGCCUUCACAGACCAUUCUACACCUUGUGAGCCACUUCAGAGAUAUGAUCGACAAAGAGAAAAAUUCAAAGGCACGACUGAUAAACCGAGAGUUAAAAAUGUACUUGGCCGUCGGAGAAGAAAAAGGACAAUGGGAGCCGCAAAAAAGGAUGCUGAUAAACAAAGUGAGAGAGACAUCAUGAAUGAGGCGUUAGAAGGCGAAGAAUUUGACGAGGAUGAAAACCCACUCGAGAAGACAGCGGCCACAUCUGACGAAGAUUGGAGCACUGGAGAGGAUUCGGACACAGACAGAUACUGGCAAACAGGACGGCCUGUCUUGGCACACAAGAGUGUGUACAAGAUAAAGAUGAUUACCACAAUCAGCGUCUGCUAUCUUGGGCUCAUGUACACGAAUCCACUGGUCACAGUAGCGGAUGUCAUAAGGUGGAUCCGGUCUGAAGCAGUUCCCUACACGAAGGCUGUAUUCCUCAUACCAGAGGAAAUGCAUUUCUGCAAUGCAGACUGGAGGCUGUUUGGAAUGGGAGAAGUCCCCUUCCAAGGUACAUUCCGUGUUGAGGUUGGCCGGAUUGCCUUCUUCUUGGGGCUCGAUGACUUCCCAGAAUUCCCUUUCAAAUUGCUUGUGCACAAAUACGUCAUGCAGCUGGAUUUACCUGCUGAGGUUCACGGCUACGCCAUGAAUGUCUAUGUGAUGUUUCAACAAAGCUUCGAGUUCAGGCCCUCUUUUAAAUUCAAGUAUCUGCCGGUGUGGGAGGGACUUGCCAUGGCAACGGUUAUAGUGAUCUUGAAACUGAUCUUCAACCUCAAUGAUCACUCUGAGCGAGUGAUGUCUGAAGCAACUAGAGAGUUGAAGGACUUGUGUAGCACAGGUGAGCCACUGUUUAACUGGGAUGAUUGGGUCAGACACUUGAAAGAGCGCCUGCAAACAGAAGAAAAUGAAAAAAGUGAAGCAGCUAUGCUCAAGAGCAACAUUGAUGCCAUAAAGUACACCUGUAAAACCCCAAGAUACAAAGAAUACAAUGCACUCUUUAGAAAGUUCCUACAAGGUCCUUUGGUUGAAAUGUCAGAACGCUGGAAACAAAGGAAAUCAAAUGACGGUUACCUUGACGACAGAUUUUCAGAUAUUCUGGAAAACUGGGGUGUCGAUGGAAAUGAUGAAACGCGACAAAACGAGCAUCUAAUUAAGAAGAUUGAACAAGCUGGAAAACUCUUUAGGAAUAGCACUGUUGAGCAUAUUGUCCAUCCCAGUAUGUUCUCUCUACACGGCACCAUGGACUCGAGGUCGAAUGAGCCUCAAGAGGAUGAAAACGCUGACAACCAGAAUGGUAGUCAUGGUAACGCUAAAGCUUACUCCACGUUCACAAAUAUCAGUGACCGAAAGCACUUCAAAGCGACAAUGGGCAAAAUAGAUGAUGCGAGGCAUGAGUCAGUUCAAUUUGAAGGGAGCGCUUACAGCGAAAGCGUCUGCUACACGUGGCUGGUAAGCACCUGUGCGACAAUGAUUGGCUUGGAGAAGGAUGAGCUUCAAGACGAGAUUGCCAAGCUGGAAGCCAUUGUUCUAGGUGACCCCGGCGGUGAUCCAAGGCUAACACAAUUUUUGAUCAAUCUGAAAAAAAGUGACAAGACACUGUUUCAGAAGUGGAACAUAAAGAAGGGAAAGUAGUCAACACAGUGUUACUACUACUACUAUUUUUAAGUUCACCUUACCACAACACGGCAAGGUAGUUUUCCCAAUCAUGGAACUUUGUCAGAAUUUUUCCCAAUGGUAUCUAGGCCGAGGGUCAAACUUGGUCAAGUAGAGGAAAAUGUACAGGGUUAAAUUAAGGGAAAAACUUGUGGAUACAUAAGAGGCAACAUUUAUUGUCCAAUCUUCAUCGAACUUGGUAAUAAGAUUUUUCACAAUGAUACGGCUGUGUUGAAAACUGGGUCUUGUAUGUUAAACUGGUAAAUAGGUCAUAUUAAAGUAACAGUUUGUGUUCACUCCAGAAGUCACUUUCGUUUGAGCAAUAUUCAUGAAACUUGCUCAAAUCAUUUGCUCUGAUUUCUUGGCAGAGUGAGAUAUGGAUUCGGUCUUCUGAAGAAUGUGGUCACCAAGAGACAAAUCAGUUUUCGUGAUGUACCCAUACUAGUAACAACCAUUUAAACACUGUAUCCGUCACACAUUUUUCGCACUGAUUACUAAAAUUGCUUUGAACAUUUACAAAUUGUGUUGUUAUGAUGUCUUGUCUGUUUUCACCAAAUGAUUGCAGCUUGUUAAAAAUCAUGGUUGCCCUGUGUUUGGACAGUUUUGCCCUUUGAAGUCUUGUAAAACCUUGCGAUGAAUAUCAAAACAAUUUCGUUUCUUGGAGUCUCAGACAUGACCUCUUGACAAUGUAACCUUUUGUUUUCACUGGUAUUUGUACUUUCCUAGUUGUGUUUUAAUAUAAUUUGGGCUGUGCUCUGUGAAAAUGGGAUUUAAUGCAUGUCCAUAGUGUCAUCCCAGAUUAGCCUAUGCAGUCCACACAGGCUUAUCAGGGCGGACACUUUCCACUUUUAUGGCAUUUUUCGUUUUAAGAAAGUCCCUUAGAAAAAAUCCAAUUAAGGCAGAAAGUGUCGUCCCUGAUUAGCCUGUGCAGACUGCAUAGGCUUAUCUGGGAUGACACUACGCACAUGCAUUAAACCCCCUUUUCACAGAUCAUGGCCCAAAUCGUGUGUCAUCAUGCCCAGAUGAUCACUUCCCACAGUUUUACCAAAUAAAGUGUCACAUUUAA